AGUGUCAUCAUUAUAAUAAUGAAAACAAGCAAACACUAUAGUCAAUUAUGGACUUUAGUCGUUACAAAAUCAAACUCGAUCCUAGGAAUCUAUAUAAGUAUAAGUAGCCGAUUCUCGUUUUAAAAUGUUUAAAACGACUUAAAUGUUCGAGUGUUAGCUACUGAUAAAGCAACGUUUCAGGAUCGCAUUUACAGAUUGUUGUGCACUGGUAUUUGUGUGCGGUUUUGUCGGAAUUAUAUGAGGUACAGAGUACUUGCGGAACUGGUGGUGCUGUUUGUUCUUCAGUAACACGAUGGAAGUUGUACUGCAUGAAGCAUCUCAAAAUGCAGAUCGUCACACUAAACAGCACGAAAGUGAACGAAAAAGUGAACGCGCAUUCUACAAAGAACGGGACCACGAAAGUGUGAAAAAAUCCCCCAAUGAAGAAGUGUUAAGUUGCAAAAAACUCUCCGUUGACGUUUACGUCGAUAUACAAUUCGAAAAUAUUAAAUUCACUGCUAGAUCGGGAUACAUCAAGAAAGAAAGCAAGGAAAUCCUACACAGCGUAAAUGGAAGAUUUCCGCCUGGGAAGCUCAUUGCUAUCAUGGGUCCUUCGGGGGCAGGUAAAAGCACCCUUUUGGACGUACUAAGCGGUUACAGGAUAACCGGAGUCGACGGAAACGUUUACACAAAUGGAAAUCCUAGACAACUGAAUGCAUUUAGAAAGAUGAGCUGUUACAUAACACAAGAAGAUCGGUUGCAACCUUUGUUGACGGUGCAAGAAAAUAUGCAAGUUGCUGCCGAUUUAAAAUUGGGCCAAUUUGUGUCUAAAAAGAGCAAGAACGAAAGGAUAAAAGAAAUUCUGCUGACGUUAGGAUUAGAAAAUACAGCAAAUGUACCGACCAAGCGAUUAUCAGGAGGGCAAAGGAAAAGACUGUCGAUAGCUUUAGAACUUAUAGAUAAUCCUUUGAUCAUGUUUCUAGAUGAGCCCACGACGGGAUUGGAUAGUUCAUCUUGUAGUCAGUGCAUCCGUCUCCUUCAAAUGUUAGCACAACAAGGAAGGACGAUUAUUUGUACAAUUCAUCAGCCAACGGCAUCGCUUUUUCAGUUGUUUGAUUUAGUUUACGUAUUAUCUCGAGGAAAAUGCAUUUAUCAAGGUGCUGCAUCUAAACUGGUUUCCUUUUUAGAAUCAGUUAAUUUACCUUGCCCGACUUACCACAAUCCUGCAGACUACGUUAUAGAGCUUGCUUGUGACGAAUACGGAGAAGAUAAGGUUGACAUAUUGAACUCGGCGAGUCAAAACGGAAAAACUUUAGACUGGUUCGAAAGGCCUGAAUAUUUACCUAGUCUUAAUAAAUUAAGAGAAAGUAACCAAAGAAGUCAAAAAACGCCCGACAAUUCCGGCUCUCUACAGAGCACAUCACAAUGGAACCAAUUGAAAGUUUUAAUGGGAAGAGGAUUUUUGAACUGCAAAAGAGAUCUUACGUUGACGUACAUGCGAUUGGGAGUGAAUGUGAUCGUGGGUUUGAUGUUGGGUACCCUCUACUGGCAAGCUGGUAAUCAUGGUGGAAAAGUUUUGGACAAUUAUAAUCUUCUGUUUUCAAUUCUUAUGCAUCACAUGAUGUCAACAAUGAUGCUCACAAUUCUAACAUUUCCUAACGAAAUGUCCAUUUUAAUAAAGGAACAUUUUAAUCGAUGGUACUCUCUAAAAAUGUAUUACACUGCUGUGACUCUCGUGGAUAUUCCCGUGUCGGUUGUAAGUUGUUUUAUUUUUACCGUGAUUGUCUACUUUAUGAGCGGACAACCAAUGGAAUUGAACAGACUUUUGAUGUUUGGUGCCAUCAGUAUCUUGGUUGUUUUUGUUGCCCAAAGUUUUGGUUUGAUGGUGGGGGCCGUUUUCAAUGUUGUGAAUGGUACCUUUUUUGGUCCCUGUCUCUCAGUUCCAAUGAUGAUGUUUGCCGGUUUCGGGGUGACAUUACGCGAUCUACCGUCAUAUUUGUAUUGGGGUAGUUACAUAUCUUAUCUUCGGUACGGUUUGGAAGGGGUUGUUAGUGCAAUAUACGGGCAAGAUAGAAAGAUAUUAGAUUGUCCGGAGGAGGAAUAUUGCCACUUUAAAUACCCCAGUAAAUUCCUUAAGGAAAUAUCAAUGCAAGGGGACCAAUUCUGGAACGAUGUCAUCGCUCUCCUUAUAAUUUUCUUCUUUUUAAGGAUCCUUGCGUACUGUUUUCUUAAAUGGAAACUGAACUGUGUGAGAUAGUGAAAUUUAAAUCAAGGAUAUUUAUUAUUUUUUACUUUACGUAACUAAUAAAUGAAUUAAUGUUUUUAUAAACGUUCAGUGGAUGUGAUAUUUUUAAACAGAAGCUAUCUAUUUAUGUAAUUUAUACAAAUUAAAGGUAAUUUUCAAUA